UUUAUGCACACUCACUCAAAGUACCAAAGCUAAGGAAAAGGGCAUGCGCAGUCGGGCAGUUAAGGCCAAAAUACAUAAGACACUUGAACAAACAUCAAACGCUUCCUUUCUAGAUGAUACAUUGGUAACACUGCUUAGAUUUUCAUCGUCAGCUUCUUUUGCUUCGGAUCAAAUUUGUCCCAACAGAGUCUCUCACCUCCAUGCUCAUCAGCAACACAAAUAUGGCAUCUUUCCCACCAUUUCCUUUGUUCUUAUCCCGAAAGCCAAUCCUUUGUUGUUGCGUCGUUCAUCUUAUUUUUCCCAUGCUUCGCAACCGUUCGAGGAAACGUCUCAAAGAGAUCGACAUGCACAAGAUACCCCUGUUUACAGUGUUCUUGAGCUCAUUAAAUCCUCCGCCAUAAGACAUAAAACUAUGGCAACCAGUACUGGUCAUUGCGUUGCUCUCAAGAUAGGUUCUCUUGCUCACUUGCCCACUUCCACCUCUCUUCUAACGGCGUAUUCUAGAGCCCGAGAUUUUGGCUCUUCAUUGGCUUUGUUUGAUGAAAUUCAUAACAGGGAUGUGAUCAUUUGGAAUGCUAUGAUUACUGCUUGCGUUGAAAAUGGAUGCUAUAAGGCAGCAAUGAAUUUCUUUGCGGAGAUGACUGAGGAGGGAACUGGGUUUGAUUCAACAACUCUAUUGGUGGUCGUGUCGGCUUCGUCCCACCUGAAUCACUUGAAACAAGGACAAUCACUUCACGGGUUGAGCUUGAAGGCUGGGAUGCUUUUUAAUUCUGUUUUAUGCAAUGCUCUCGUGGACAUGUAUGCAAAAUCCAAUUAUUUGAGCUCUUCGGAGCGUAUGUUUGCAGGGACUGAAUGUAGAGAUACUGUAUCGUGGAAUUCAAUGAUAAGUGGAUGUCUUUAUAAUAAUCAUCCUGAGAAGUCCUUAUGGUACUUCAAAGAGAUGGCUUUUGCUGGAGAACGACCAGAUAGUGUCAGUCUGUCUAGUGCUAUUUCAGCAUCUUCUUGUCUUGGAGAUCUGAUUUUUGGACAGGUCAUUCAUGGUUGGGUUAUUAAACUGGGUUAUGAGGACGGCUCCCACAUUUCGGUUGCCAACUCUCUCAUUUCUUUAUAUUCACACUGUGGAGACAUUGAAGCUGCAGAGACUGUGUUCAGAGAAACAAUACACAAGGAUGCUGUUUCAUGGAAUGCAAUGUUGGAAGGAUUUGCCUCAAAUGGAAAGAUUUCUGAAGCAUUUGAUCUUCUGCAUGAAAUGCAAAUAACGUGGUCCGUUCAACCUGAUAAAGUAACUAUAGUAACCACAAUUCCACUUUGUGCGGAAAAGAUGCUUUUGAGAGAAGGAAGAACCUUGCAUGGAUUUACCAUUCGUAUGCAGAUGGAAACAGAUCUAUCAGUGAAAAACUGCCUCAUGGACAUGUAUUCAAAAUUCCAUAGUCUAACGAAGGCCGAGCUCUUGUUCAAUUCAAUGACAGAAAGAGACUUGGUGUCAUGGAAUACAAUGGUCUCUGGAUAUUCCCAGAAUGGGUAUUUUGGAGAAGCUCAAAAUUUAUUUAGGGAUCUCCUCCGUUUGUACUCAAAAUGCAGCUUGUCAACACUGUUAGCUAUACUUCCUUCUUGUGAUUCCCAUGAGUCUCUCCAGUUUGGUGAAUCAAUUCACUCUUGGCAGUUGAAAUUGGGAUUUUCAAAUGAUAUUCUUGCAGUUAAUUCCCUCAUGUACAUGUAUAUUAAUUGUGGAGACUUGAAAGCCACUUUCGCAUUGUUGCAGAGAAUUUUCGUUGUAGCGGAUAUUGCUUCUUGGAACACAGUAAUUGCAGGCUGCACACAGAAUAGCCAUUUCCUAGAAGCUUUAAAGACUUUCAAUUUAAUGAGGCUGCAGGAACCCAAUGUCAACCACGAUUCUGUUACUCUUGUUAAUGUCAUAUCAGCUUGUGGGAAUCUAGGGUUGGUUUCUGAAGGGAAGUCGCUUCAUGGGGUUGCUCUUAAAACUUUAAUGGGAUCAGAUACCCGUGUGCAGAAUGCAUUAAUUAGUAUGUAUGGCAGAUGUGGCGAUACUGAGAGUGCAAAGUCAGUGUUUGAUUUCUGUUCAAAUCGCAAUUUAUGUUCAUGGAAUUGCAUGAUCUCUAUUUUUUCUCAGAACAAGAAUGCUAGAAGAGCACUGGAACUGUUUUCUACUCUUGAAUAUGGACCUAACGAGAUUACCUUUGUUGGCAUUCUCUCGGCUUGUACUCAACUUGGAGUUCUAAGAUACGGAAAGGAAAUUCAUGGUCAUGUGUUAAGGUUAGGAUUUCAGGAAAAUCCUUUUAUAUCUGCAGCUCUUCUGGAUAUGUACAGCAAUUGUGGUAGAUUGGACAUUGCUAUCCAAAUAUUUAGAAAUACAAAGGAAAAGUCUGUAGCAACUUGGAAUUCUAUGAUUUCUGCAUAUGGGUAUCACAGUAAUGGUAGGAAAGCAAUUGAAACGCUCCACAAAAUGAAUGAGGCUGGAAUUGUGGCAACCAAAAGCACAUUUAUAAGCCUUUUAUCAGCUUGCAGCCACGCCGGGCUUGUCAAUGAAGGUAUCUGGUAUUAUGAUCAUAUGCUGGAGGAAUAUGGAGUGGAACCUGUCACUGAGCAUCACGUCUGCAUAGUUGAUAUGCUCGGCAGAUCUGGUAAGCUUCAUGAGGCUUAUGAAUUUAUUAAGCAAAUGCGGAGCCAGCCUGAAGCAGGUGUUUGGGGGGCCCUGCUUACUGCUUGCAACUGUCAUGGAGACCUUGAGAUGGGAAGAAAAGUGGCAAAACUACUUUUCGAAUUGGAGCCUGAGAAUGUUGGGUAUUACAUUUCACUGUCGAAUAUGUACGUUUCUGCUGGAAGUUGGAAAGAUGCUGUUGAGUUAAGAGAAACAAUUCAGGAUCAACGGUUAAAGAAGCCAGCAGGUUACAGUCUCAUUGAUGUUGGUUAACUGUAAAGCCAAAAAAGAUCAAUAUACAGUUGCUAUGUAGCAUGAUUGUGGACCGUCUAAUGGAAAUUAAGA